AUGCAUUCAGACUUCUUAUUACGGUUACGGCGCAUUAUUCCAACCAAAGCACCACCAAGCCCAACAACUACAACAACAACUACAACAACAACUACAGCAACAACUACAACAACAACUACAACAACAACUACAACUACCAGUAAGUAAUAGACUAAAUAGUUGAAUAGUAAUCCUGCAAUAGUCCAAUAGAAAACUUUUUGAAGAUUUGAAAAUUAUUUAACUUCGCAUAUACACAUAUUGUCGAAAAAAGUCAUAGCUGCACUUGUAAUAUCUUGAAAAAUAAAGAAGCGGCAUACCACGACACAGAAUGCUCAUAUAACCAUGUGCAGCUGAAAGAGAAUGAAGCGGAUGCAGUUCCCUGAUCUUUUUCUUUCAUUGUCGAAUGCUUUUAGUUCUGUAGAGUUCAGACGAGUAUCUAAAUUGAACGAACACUACUUUUUCAUUAGAAGAUUAUGCAAAUUUUUAGCUAAUGACAUAGAUUCGUCUUCAGUAUGUAAAGCAACUUUUAAGGAGCUUUGUUCUCAAUUCUCUUGUUGGCCACGAACAUGUAUGAAAGAAGCUAUUGACUAUAUUCUUUGUUGCCAAGGGCAAUCUUUUUUCUUUCAUCUUGUUUUGUGAAUCAUCUUGCUAACGUAGGAACUGUUCACUUAUCGCGUCCCAUAUUUCUCUUUGCUUUUGAUCCUAUUCCUCUGUUGAAGCUUGCCUUCUUUUCUAUUUCUUCAAGAAACGAUUAUUACCGAAAAGACAGAGAAGUUACAUUCGUGCUUAUUUCUCAAUAACUUAACAAACAAGAGUACACAAAACUAAUAUAGCUAUAACAAGUAAUUUUUUUUACAAAAUUAAGUACUUGCAUUAUAAUUCUUAUACCAUUUGAAAUAGCUCCAUGACGAAAUUGAUCAUUUUACCCAGUGAAAAAUUUUUGCGAUUUUCAAUCGGAUUUUUUUGCAACAAAAUCAAAAUUAAAAUCGAUUGAUAAUUUUGAUUAUUUUCGAUCAUGGCCGAACUAUUACUUGACAUUGUUACUUAUUCAGUGUGAAAUUUUCUGAUUGAAAUCGGAUUACUUUGCAGGAUAAUCAAAAUUAUUAAUCGAUUGAUAAUACUGGAUUUGCUACAGAAUCAUCCGAUUUCAAUCAGAAAAUUUUACACUAAAUAAGUAACAAUGUCAAAUAAUAGUUCAGUCAUGAUCGAAAAUAAUCAAAAUUAUCAAUCAAUUUUAAUUUUAAUUUUGUUGCAGAAAAAUCUGAUUGAAAAUCGUAAGAAUUUUUCACUGGGAUUAAACUGAAUUAGAAAUAACGUCCCACCCCUAUUCUGAAUUUGAAUUGAAAU